AUGAAAUAUCUCUUAAUAUUUCAAUUUCUAAUAAAUUUUGUAAUCGGUAAUACUGAAUCCUUUCUAUUGCAUGUUUCAAAUGAGUUCCCAUCGAUUUCAUCAAGACAAUUAGAUUAUUCCAAUGUUACAACUUUAUCUUCUCCAAUUGAUUAUAUUUCAUUGAAAAAUGUUAAUAUUGCAAAGAAAGUUAUCAACACAAAUAUAUCAGCUUCAGAUCCAAACUAUAUAGAACUAUUGCAUUUAUCAAAAGAUGAGACUUAUCAAAUUAAAAUAUGUUGGUCAGCAAUACAUCCAAUUUCAAUCGACGAUAUGGAUUGGUUUAUAGUACCGCACUCAACUUUAUUUCAAGAUACUAUUAGUGAUGAAGCAAGAAUAUUCAUUACGUUCAAUACAAAUAAUGAUUCUUAUCCAGUGAUGAAUGAUAAUCAAUUGGUACCGAUUAAUGUAUCAAUAAUUAAUGUAAAAUUAGGAAUACCUGUAGAUUUAUACAGAGUCUUGGUUUUCAUUAUUGUUGUUUUAAUUUCAAUUUUCAUUCUAAAUCAGCAUUUCCAAAUAUACUAUUGGAUCAAAAAUUUUUAA